GCCCCUAAGAGUUGGACAAAAGCUCCUAAUGUUUUCAUAACCAACUACAAAGCCCCGUACGUCAUGAUCACCAGUAAACAAGCCCUAUCCAACUCAUGUCUUGAGAUUCUAUACUAAUUUCACGAUAUACCUCGAAACCACGAAGCAACCCACAAGAUGCAGACCCAGUUAGUGUAUUCUCCCCUGGCCAUCGGCGUCGUAUUUGCCAACCCAAUAAGAGCCAUCGCGCAAAGUAAUAUCAUGAGGCACGGUGAGACCUACGCCAAUUGUGUGACUUCAGCUUUAACUGACGGGCUCAGCACAGCAGCUGAAGAAGUACAGAAAGCAACCGGCGGGCUGGGUCAGUUUUCAAAGUGUAUCUUGCAUGGUGCCAAAGAGAACACCGAUAAUGAACUUGCUAAGCGGACAGAGCGGUUUGCCCGAAAUCUCGACAUAUGUGUGAGUAGAUGCCAUACACCUAGAAGACUUAUCUUUCUGAACUUUCUACCCGCAGGCCAAAUAUUCGCAAAAAAGUCUGCAGAGCCAUCAGGUGAGAGUAAUGAGGAUACGACGAUAGUUCUGGAGAAGUUAAACAACGCAAAAGACAAAAUUUGGGUGUAAGAGAUGAGGUAGGCUGUGAUGGUGGUGAAUGAGAAUCAUUGUUUCAGGCGUAG